UCGUUGCCACCUGCUUGCCAUGUCUGUUUCCACAAACUGUCCGGUCCCCGGGGGCCAGGGCCGGCUGCUGGACUGCUACAGCACCACGCCUGGGGGCACGCUGUACGCCACCACCCCAGGAGGAACUAGAAUCAUCUAUGAUCGAAAAUUCCUGCUAGAAUGUAAGAACUCGCCCAUUGCCCGGACGCCACCCUGCUACCUCCCCCACAUCCCUGGGGUCACUGUCCCACCACAGGCCCCACUGGCCAAACUGGAGGAUUUAAAGGAGCAAAAAGAAACUGAGAUCCCAGGUAAGGAGGCUUUACAGGGAAUGUUAAAGCCUUAACUUAAGUUAACUUAAGUUUCAGAGGGAAAGAAUAAAACUAUUAAAACUUCCCCCUUGUUCACUCUGAACUGUAUACUCUUGCUUUAGCUUUGUAGCUUAAGUGUGGGUAGGAUUCUGAAGGAAAUAGAAAAAGUCAGUAUAAGGCAUUUGAGAAAUCUUAAUAUAGUAAAAGUUGCUCUGACCUACAGGGAGAGUAGGGAACAAUCCCAUCUACCCCCCCUUCCCCAUUUUAGGAGUAACUAGGCUAAUUCUAAGGGAAUUAGAUUCUAAUUCCAAAGGCUAUGUGGGUAUUUCAGGACUGGCCCCUCAACUGUAGAGUAGCUUCUAGCUCAAAGGUAUAAGUGGGGAGAGAAGUUCUAACUGCAUGGUAAGGAAUUAAGGCAGGCUAACCACCAGGCUCCUCUUUCCCUCCAGAUGAGGCACAAUUUGAAAUGGACAUCUGACCUCGAGUGUAUGAUCCUGUUAACACAAGAAUUCUGCCCCAGCCCCUGUAUGCUACUGCCAGGUGGCUCUUUUUACAGCAACAAGCAGGGCUUCAACUUCCCUGAACAUAAAACUUAUUUCUAAGUGGUUCCUUCAGUUCUCAGAAGUGAAUGAGCCCAAGGUGAGGCAAGGGACGGAAGGUUCUGAUCUGGGGUAUGUGUAGAAGACAGUGCUGUCCUAAGCAUGGAAGCCAUGUGGCUUUGGGAGUUGCUUGCUGAGCCCUAAUACCCACUAUUUUCUACUGAGACCUUGCUUCUGUGGGACCUAAUGCUAUACCCUGUCAAUACUUAAUAAAUAAAAUUUACGACUUCUCUAGGGUUACAUUUCUAUUCUCUCUACCUCACACAUGAGGUUCUGAGGUGGGGAAGGCAUUGCUUUACCCAACCCUGGUCAUCCUGAAGCUAGAAUGAGGAAUUCCUGUCCCACAGGACUCUGCUUCAAAGACUGGGCCUUGUUCCAGCUACAAUCAGAUCCAGCCUAGGGCGGGGAGCAAGGACCAGCAAGAGCUGUUAUUGUAAACAACAACAGUUUGGCUCCAACCAAGGGUUGUCCCCUGUUCCAGGAAACAGACUUCCAGGAUCUGGGCCUCCACUGUAACUCUGCUCUAAUCCCUACCUGUUAUUUUAACAUGGGACAUCAUUCCCCAGGAAGAGAUCAUUUGAGGCUCCCCUUCUCCCUUCAGAAUCACUAUCUUAGCAAGUUAGCAAUGGAAGAAAUC